CCACAAUCCACAGCAGAAGAAAGGGAAGUUCAUUCUGCUGCUGGCAAAGUUUGGGAGAAAGGAUCUUUUUCCCCAGCUGGCUGCAGGAUGUCCUUCCUGAAAGUCCUGCUGUGUGUCCUGGUCCUGGCCAGCCCCGUGCUGAGCGAAACUUCUCAACCCAACUGCACUGGAGUUAAGGACUUUGAGGCCUGUCGGGGUAAUACAAAUAAAUUCUGUCCUAAAGAUAUUCUUUGUCAGUGUAAAAAUGAAAAACCUUUUUGCAGAUGUGAGUACUACAGAAUAGGCUGGAAGGAGUACUGGUACAUGGGCCCCAAAUGUAACCACCUUUGGAACACUCUGACUUUAAUUUUAGUUGCUACUCUUCCUGCAGCUGCACUGGUUAUCAUAGUGGUUGUAAUAUUUUUAACUGUCUACUGCUCAAAAAUGGAAAAAGCUGGGAAGCAGCCAAAGCCUGCAUCCAGUGGAGCACAGCAGAACCCCGCGUUCAGUCCUGACGCAGCUGCCGACCUGGAGCACGGGCACCAUCAGCCAUCUGGGGAUACCUGGGUUGGACAAAUUCCAAAAGUUGUACUGAAAAGACAAGAUUUUAAUGAUGCUUCUUUCCCAAAUCAAAAGCAGAAUUACAGUCAUGUAUAUGAUCAGCCUCUGAGGACAGCAGAUCCAUCAUCAGAUUAUUUCCCUCAGUCCCGAGCCCAGCGGGGUGAGUUUGACUAUCCCAGGAAGGAUUUGCCGUACCCGGUUUAUCCAGAGGCGAGACAGUACCGGAGAUACUAAGAGCAUGUGCUACCUAGAUCAAAUGGUUUGGAAUGCUGCAUGAUCACUGGACAAUCCAGGUGCUGAGAGAGCAGUGACACCCUGGUGGGACACAGAGGAAAUUGCCACCUUUAUUAGAGAGCACUAAGUUAUUGCAAAGAGAAGGUAAUGAGGAUAAUUGUAAAAGAAAGCCUGAUCUGACAUGACAUUAACAUUUAAUUUAUUUACUAUGUAAUUGGUGACAGCUUCCUGUGAAUCCCUGAUACUGCAGUGCACAAGGGUCUGGCCCUGGCAGUGUGGUACAAACACAGCCAAGGACUUGGCCUCUCUCUGUCCUAUCUCUUCUACUGCUGCAAAUUCUGUCAGAAAUAAAAGAAGUCAGUCUGGUUCUCUCUCUUAUUUCAGAAACACACAGAAACAGUGUCAGCACAUCUGUUUAGAGCCCAGAAUAUCAGUUUAAACCAUUCUGGCCUCAGAAAUUCAGAUCCAAAGGUGUCAUAAUUGUGUCAGUGAAUUGCUUUUCUCUGUCACUUCUCAGCCUCAGGUGGUGCCACAAUCUGACAAACUGUGGUGGUUGUUGACCUCAAUCUAUCUCUGUUGUACCAACCUCAGAGUGACCACAGAAUGCAAGUGUUCAAUUUGAUGUUCCACCACUGCUCCAAAAAGGAGCAGGAGGAACAGAUAAGGCAGUGCUCUCAAUAUCCAGGGUGCUGGCUAAACUCAGUCUCUCACUAUUUCUCCCAGUAUUCAGUCUUGUCAUUACCUUUUCCAGGUAUUUUCCCUUCAUUCCUGAGUUGCAUUGGGUUGUUUGAAAUUAUUUUGU